AUGCAGUCUUCACACAAACGUGGAUCCAUAGCCUCGGGCGCAUCGAACGGAUCGUUCUUCUCGCGGAGCUUUACAAGAAGGGACACAGGACGCACCGAUGACAGUGUAGACUUCCCCAAGGGCGCCAUCGGUCUGACCACAUUACACGAUCCAGAAGAAGAUGCUGUCGCAGAUAUCAUUUUCGUGCAUGGGCUGAAUGGCGGCUCCGAAAGUACUUGGACGAAGAAUGGAAACCCGUCACUCUUUUGGCCCUCUGCUUGGCUCCCAAACGACGAAGCGUUCAAAGAUGUCAGGAUUCAUACUUUUGGCUAUGCUUCUGGCCUAAGCAAAGACAUGGGCGGUCUAGUCAUCAAAAAAGCCUUUGUACUUGGCCAUCAAACCAAGGAGUUCGAGGGCCUAAUACGCAAUAUCUUCGCUAUAUUCUUCUUGGCAACACCGCAUCAAGGCGCCGGCAUAGCGGAUACCCUUGGUAGGAUACUCGCGCUGGCCCCUGGUUCCAGGCCAUUUGUUCAGGAUCUAUCCCCGGAGUCGCCAGUGCUCCAGUCGAUCAACGAAGAAUUCCCUCUCUACAGUAGCUCUCUACGCUUAUUUUCUUUCUAUGAGACUGAGCCCAUGAAAAUUGGCAUCGGAACACAACUGAUAGUGGAAAAGCACUGCGCAGUCAUGAAUUACCCCAAUGAGCGGAGAACAUAUCUGAAUGCGAACCAUCGCAAUGUGGCGAAGUUCUCACUGCAAACCGAUCCGUCCUACCUGGCUGUCAGAAAUGCUUUAGCGACUACGAUCGCGAGUAAAAGAACACCCAAGGCACUGUCGAAUCAGACAGCAGGUUUCGAGCAAAUUGAAGCACUCAGUACUUUCCUCAGUGUUACCGAGACCCCCGAUGACGAGCUAGAGAGCCAGUCAACUCGACUGUCCGAAACGUGCGAUUGGUUUCUUGACAGAAACGCAUUUCAGGAGUGGCGAAAAGCAGCAGAUUCGAAAACUCUGUGGGUACGUGGUCGACCUGGCGCUGGGAAGAGCGUUCUCUCGGCGCACAUCAUCCAUCACUUGAGGGGAUUAGGUCUCGACUGUUCCUUCUACUUCUUCGUGCAGGGUGACAAAACGAAAGCCACGAUCAAUACGUUUCUCCGAUCGAUGGCGUGGCAGAUGGCCAGUCAACACCCCCACCUUCUGAGUAUCGUUCUUGAUAUCUCGACAAGCUCGCAGAUUACUGGGAUAAACAAGACUGAUCAUGUGGCCGUAUGGCGGCGUUUAUUCCUGAGUGGCAUGUUGAAAUGCCGUUUGGACACGCCUCAGUACUGGGUGAUUGACGCGGUCGAUGAAUGCAAAGGAGGAUCUGAACUUGUAACGCUUUUAUCAAAGAUGCAAGAAGUUUGGCCGAUCUCUCUCCUCAUAACGUCAAGGGACUCUUUCGACAGAUAUGCCGAUGGAGCUGUUCAAAGAAUCGAGGUCAUGUCGGAAACGAUCCAAGAGGAAGAUACUAACAAAGACAUCGCUCAGUACCUACGUUCAUGUCAGGAUCAACUGCCAGCCACCGGGGCAGCAGAACGUGAAGCGAUGUCCCAAGAGAUUCUCAAGAAUGCCAAUGGAUGCUUCCUGUGGGUUACCCUUGUACUCAAGGAACUGCGCCAGGUACAUACGUCUACUGAGAUCCGCAAAGUACUUUCCAGCAACACUGCCGACAUGGACGAGAUGUAUGGCCGGAUACUUAACGACAUGGCAAAUGCGAAGUUCGGAAAAGAGCUUGCAAAGGCUAUCCUUGUGUGGACAACGUUUGCUUUUCGAUUUCUCUCAACCGACGAGAUGCAUUGCGCUAUUGAGCUCGACAUCCACGACAAAAUCGACGACAUCGAACGAUCAAUCAGUACUUGCUGUGGAAAUCUUGUGUAUGUAGAUCGCAGCAAAAGGGUCCAGUUACUUCAUCUUACUGUCAGGGAUUUCCUUACUCGGCAAGGCAUGAGAUCAGAGUUUCAGAUCGAGCGUGCUACUGCACACAAACGUCUUGCUUUGGUCUGCCUUCGUUAUCUGACCCGUAGUCAAGCUCGGCCGACUAAACCUCGAAAGCUGAGUGUGGACCAAAUCCCGGAGAAGCCUCGCCUUAUGGACUAUGCAUCUGAGUAUGUCUUCCAACACAUAUUCCAUGUAACCUCCAGCGACAACGAGGUCCUUACACUAUUGGGCAAAUUUAUGGGAUCAGACUGUGUGCUCAAAUGGAUCGAACAUCUCGCACGGAAAGGUGAUCUUGAAAAGGUUUACCAAGCGGGGAAGACUUUGAACAACCUCCUGGGAAGAUUGGCCCAACACAGCCCACUUGUCGGGUUGAGAAAAGAGUUAACAGUCUUACACAGUUGGGGCAACGAUCUUACCCAUCUUGUCACCAAAUUCGGAAAAGAGCUGUCGUUUUCACCCUCAGCGAUACACCGCCUGAUACCGCCAUUUUGUCCAGUAGAUUCAGCGCCCAGCCGACAAUUCUCGUCACCUCACCGGGGACUGAGCGUUCUUGGACAAAGUACCGAAGGCUGGCAAGAUUGUCUUGCAAUUCUCAACUACACCAAGCCGGCUCGACCACUCACUGUAGCUACGUCACAAAGGUUCUUCGGACUUGGGUUAUCUACCGGAAAGGUCAUGAUCUACGAUGAUGUCACCUGCCAAGAAGAGACCGUAUUACAACACGGGGAGCCGGUCUGGGCGCUGGCGUUCAGCGAAACUGGCCUGACCUGUGCUUCCGCUGGGGCAAAGUCUAUCAAAGUAUGGAACGUGAUGAACUGGACUGAGGUAUUCCGCUUCGCCAUUCCAGUCAUGUGUCUUUCACUCGCGUUCAGCGAGGAAGACAUGCUUUUGUUCGCAGCUACCAAAAAGAAUGAACUCAUGUGCUGGAACCUUGCAAAUGGUGGGGUACCAGAAGAUGUGGCUGACUGGACGAUCGACUUCGACGAGCAGUCGAGCGUGCAGUCAAAACAACCAACACUGGCAGUGUUCUGUCCCCAGCAAAGCAUCUUGGCCAUUGUUUAUCGUGGAGAGGACAUAGUCUUAUGGGACUACGAACGAGAUCGUGUGUAUGAUCUCUACGAUAAAGAAACGGGUUCCACUCUUCAUGGGCCGCUGAAGGUCUCGGAUGGGAGCACAACUGUAUGGAGCCUUCAGUUCAGCACGCUUAGAGACGAGACUUUGCUUGCCGCAGCAUACUCAGACGGCGAUCUCGUCAUAUACGACACACUCCACGGAACAGUACGUGACCUCAUCAUAGGUGUUAACGCGCAAAAGCUGUCAUGCUCACCCGAUGGGCGUACGCUCGCAUGCGCAGAUUCGCUUGGAACGAUUCAAUUGUUCGACAUGGAGACGGUCAAGCUUUUGUAUCGGCUGGAGUUUGAAGGCGAUGCUAUAGCACCUAGGACGCUUGCAUUCACUUCUGACAACCACCGCAUCAUUGAUAUACGGGCGAACCAGUGUCGGCUAUGGGAUCCAGCUGUGCUGCUGCGACAGGACGUAGAUGACGAGAAUAGUGACACAAUCUCGGUAUCCACAGCUCCGCAUGAGGCCAGCUUUCGCGGUUCCAUGUCAACUCACAUAACGGCUCUAGAGUGUAUAUCCUUAGCUUCUAGCGUCUUCUGCGGCAAAGAAGACGGAUCGGUGCAUAUUUACGAUAUCUCCCGAGAGCCUAAAGGCACUGAAUUGUUCAAACAGACCGUCGGCAUACCCAUUAUACUGCUCCAUUUCAACGCUGAGAGCAUGAUCCUGGCUUGCAGCGAUGCUGCCAGCCGAGUAACGAUUAGGCAAAUGAAGCGAGACGGGCGGAAAUCAUGGACUGCGGCUGCCCCGUAUAUCGACACAGUCAUCGGACGUGGUAUCACUGGACUCUUAUUGAAUGCCAAGCACUCUAGAUGUCUAGUCGCAACGGACGAAGAGACACAUCUCUGGUCAACGUCACAGGACGCCAAACAAGCUUCUCUGGUCACGAUGCAGCCUGAGCGUAAAGGUCACUGGGUACAUCAUGGGAGCAACGCAGACAUCUUGCUCUUUGUGUCCGCAACAUCUGCUCGCAUGUGUUCCUGGACCACGCUCGAACUAUCGCACACCAUAUCAUUGAGCAAUUUAACCGAGCCCUUCACAGCGAUCGGUCGAGUACGUUCUCUUCGACACCCUCGUUACUUCAUUGGCAUCUCAGUGGACCCAUCGCGAGUGCGAUCAUCGCAAAACGUUAUACGAAUGUACGACUACAAUGACUUCAACCUUGACAUGGAACAAGUUGCAAGCGUUCAAGAUCUCGGAACUUUGUCGUCGAAUGUGCACACCAUUAUCGGUAUCUUCAGCGAGAGAUUGGUCUUCCUGGAUACGAACAACUGGGUGCGCUCUUUGGAGAUCAAUACAGACGAUGCGAUGCCUGUUCGUCAUUUCUUCAUCCCGAACGAUUGGGUGAGUCUUGUACAAGGUUUGGUAUUGGAUAUCGGUCAUAGUGGCGAGAUCAUAUUCGUUAAGAGAGGGGAGCUGCUGGUCAUCAAACGCGGGCUAGACAUGACGGACCAAGGUAUACUCACACCCAGGAAGAGAAGCAUGAGUCCUAGAAGCGCUAUGUUUGGAGGUCUCGCGCAUCGCACAAUGAGUCAUUGA